CCUUGUUCGUUUACCAGUAGACCGAUAGGACCCACCUCUUAGAUCUGAUAGGCCCCUCACUCUCUCUCUCUUUCUAUCCUCAUCUCAUUUUUUUCUGCUUCUACCACGGCUUUGAUGCUAACCCCCUUACCCCACUUCUAAAACCCCUCUUCAAGCUGAAAUGUCUCUCAGAUUCUGAAUAGUUCAAACACUUGCAAAUCUCGAUUGGGAUCGAAAUCCGAUAAGGAGUUCAAUCGGGCGUGGUGAUUAUAAGUUCGGAAAAUCUUUUUGCCUGAAUACAAAACUUUUUGGUGGUUAUAUCAGUUGAAGGUUGUCGGAAAUGUUUGAAGCUACUGACUUGGGUUUGUUUUCGAAUCUCUGAACCCAUUUGUUGACAGAGAGAUAUUUGACGGCUUUACCGGGGAACACAGCCCUGGAGCAUAAUGGAAAGCAUCUUUGGUCAAGGACUUGAUUCGGAAGAGAGCGACCGAGGUUUGGAAACUGAAACCUUUGAUCAGGAAAUGGCAGAAGAUGACCUCUCAAAGGAUUUGGAGUUGUGUACAGACGGAAAUAGCCAGAUGAUGGAACAAUCUGUUGAAGCAUUGUCAAACAAUUCCGAUGUUCUAGAACCAUAUGUCGGCAUGGAGUUCAAAUCAAGAGAUGAGGCCAGGGAAUUUUAUGUUGCAUAUGGUAGGCGUACAGGUUUCACUGUGCGCAUUCAUCAUAAUCGGCGUUCACGUCUAAACAAUCAAGUCAUUGGUCAAGAUUUUGUUUGCUCGAAAGAAGGCUUUCGUGCAAAAAAGUAUGUAUACAGAAAGGAUAGGGUUCUUCCUCCACCACCGGUUACUAGAGAAGGAUGCAAUGCGAUGUUAAGGCUAGCCCUAAGGGAUGGAGUAAAGUGGAUAGUCACUAAAUUUGUAAAGGAACACAGCCAUAAGCUAAUGAAUCCUAGUAAAGUACCGUGGCGGCGAUCGGAAAGGAUUCUAAUCAGUGAGGAUGAGAAGGAUAAAAAAAUUCGAGAACUAUCACUUGAGCUGUACAAUGAGAAACGACGAUGUCAACGUCGGUGUGCUGCAUAUCAGGAACAGCUUAAUAUGAUUUUGAAAGAUGUUGAAGAUCACACCCAACACCUAUCAAGAAGAGUUCAAGACAUUGUUCAGAAUAUAAAAGAAAUAGAAGAUGAGUCAGAGGGUCCUGAUUAAAGAUGAACUUUUGUGCAACUCCUGGUUUUUUUUGUUUUUUGUUUUUGUUUUUUUUUUUUAUUUGGAAGGGUCUAGUCCACUGUACACCCAUUCCUGCUUCUUAGAGUUCAUAAUUUUACAUCAUUGGUUUGUCUAGGUUUUAGUGUGAAUCAUUUUAUGUACAUAUUCAAGGCCAGCAAAACAUCAUUAAUAGUCCAAUAAAGAAGCCAUAUUGGGGUAAUUUCCAAAUGUAAGUUGUGUAUAGGUUGGAACAUCUAUAGUCUGUUAUUGAGUAAAAUAAAAUGCCUAACUGCAUACUGCCUUUACAUGUA